CACCCCCCCCCCCCAACCUCACUUCCUCUGCGCCUCCUAUAAGAACGGCAGGAGGGGCGAGUGGGGACACACGGACAAGAUCACUCCUCAGAGAACUGAGUGACGAUGGCUCCCCGUUUUUCCUGGUUCCUGUUUCCCUUGCUGGCGCUCCUCUUCUGCCACGGUGCCGCCUCUGAUGCCGAGAUUGACGUCCCGAUACUUCAAGAUAUGACGGGAAAGAGUCCCGCAACCAAUAAUAAAAAGCAGUACGCCGUGCUGUAUCUGACCGGAAAGGAGCUCAAGGACCUAAAGUGCCAUCAAAUUGCUUACUAUGAUGCGAGAAAUGUUAGUGCCAACUGCAAUAACGCUCCCGUCUUCAAUGUGACACUUCGGGGGUCUAAUGAGACAUUUAAACAUAGUGAGUGGCAACUGAUCUACACGGCACUGAGGCCCAUGCUUCAGGAAUGGCAAGCGAACAACUCGGUUGACUUAGCCAACCCUGAGUGCCCCAAGUCACUCUAUCUCUACUCAUACCUUGCCCCCGACUACGCCUUCAACAGAACAAAGCUUGGUCGCACUUGUACACAUGCGAUCGUCACAGGGAUCCUCAACAUCCUAUACGAGAAAGGGUGCAACAACAAGACCAGGAUCGUAGUGGGAUUUUCAGAGGUAAUGAACAAAACAGAAGCUUGUGGUGGUUAUAGGUUCAUGAAGCAGAACAAAAUAACCGUGUAUGACCUGGGGAGCAGACUUCAAAACAAACAACUGAACUGUAGGGGUAUACCUGACUUCGAAAUGUUAGGUUAGUCCGCGCCGCAAGACCGGGUCGUGAGGGGGAACUCGCUUGGCAUUGCUGUGCUGCAACGAAAGGCUCCCUGGGCACGGUGAGGCAAGCGUUGCAAGAUGGAUUGGCUCGGAAAACGGACCCGGAAUGUGUAGGUCCGCAAGCUGUGUUGAUCAAGCUUGGGACUGGAUUUGAUCUUUUGGUGUGAUUCAUAAAGCUGUUUCUGUAUCUAUUUCUUGAUGCUAUUCGUUAUCUAGUGAAUAUUUGCACCUGUCAUUGAGCAAUAACAUGAACCUUCUAUCUAUCCUGUCUUCCUUUGUUUUAAUUCAUCUUGAUUGAAAAAAUAACUUCUGACGUGUUGAAGUAAAAAUAUGAAACACA